AUGAGCUCGUUAUAUACUCCUACGAAGUCCAAAAGCUCGCCUCCAAGGUUUAUGCUAUCCAGUUCCCUUACUAACCAUGAUCCGAGGGCACACAGUAGAGCAAAGCACCGUUCUGCUCCAUUGCAUUGGAGACUAACAACAUCACCAUCAACAACUGCCACUACAAAAUCUUCAUCUUCUUCGUCAGUGACAGGUGCUGGAUGCCAUCCUCAGCAUUCAACAAAAGACACGUUAGGAAACAACAAUGAUAAUGAACAAACAUCACCAAUAACAAAGACCGCAAACGAGGCGUCAGCAGGUUCAGGCACGGCGACAUCAGCGGGGGCAGCGCCAUCGGCAACACAGGGGUAUCUAAAUGAACCAUUCAAUCAUCUGGCCCUUGAUUCCUUCUGUCAAGAAGUCUCUCCUGCAGUUCAGUCGUCGUUUGCUUCGUGUUUGAUAUCUCCAGUACCCAACGUCUCGUUCUCACCGAUUGUGAAAGAUGAAUCAUUGAUUCCCCUCCUACGAACUCUUUACGAGUUACAUGAAACAGAAAUAGCUUAUGUGGACGCUCUAAAAAUUUUAUCUAGCACUUAUCUAGGCGACAUCUACGCUGGAAUGCCAACCAAUGAAGCAGUGCCUAUAACUGUGCUCAAACAACUACUGGAACAAAUGCUAACAGCACAUUCGGCUAUUGCCAAAGGUUUAUGGGACAUUCUAAGUUCCAACACACUAUCCGUGGCUCAAAUGACCGUUCUAGCUGCGAGAUUAGUGGCAUCAAACAGUGAAACCAGCUUCUACUAUGAAGAAUACUGCAAUAAUUAUGGUUUCGCAAUGAGUAUUCUUACCGAUAAUCAAACUUCAUUUCCGGGGACUUCUGUUACCAACAAUGAGGUUUUAACUGCAUUAAGAAACUACUUGGAAUUGGUUCAACCGGUGGCUCGUAAAGGUGAUUUGUCCCUUGAAUCACUAGCGCUGAGACCGCUCAUGAGAAUCCCCAAAUAUCGUCUACUUCUAGAACUUAUGGAACGACGUUUGAAUAAUGAAAAUGCCAGACCAGCAGUCCAUUAUUACGUUGAAAAGGUGAAAGCUACACUAAGAAGAAUCAACGACUCAGGCAACGAAAGAUCGGGAACUAUGGGUCUGAAUCUAGAUCUCGGUUCAUUCUUUGGUCGAGACAGACUAGUAGGUAACUCAAAACGUACACUAGAUUUCUUUGGUAUACCACAAUUAGUAGGUGCUCUUACUGUUGUUUGGAUAGAGGGUCAAACAAAUGUCAAAUAUAGAGAUAUGGCUUGCUUUAUUUUCAAAAGCCAUUUGUUGUGCUGUGAGUUACAUCUGUUUUCCAUGUUGAGAAGAAGAAAGAAGUUGAAGGUCCGUUUCUUAAUACCCUUUUCAAGAUGUAAGUUAUACUCCAAUACAAAGGACAAUGGAAACGGACUCUAUACAACAUACCCUUACACUUUGAAGAUAGUUUUGGAGUCUAAGCUUCUUCAUUAUGAAGUGAUGCUUGUAUGUUUGACUCAGCGAGAUCACCAAGUAUGGGCUCAACAUCUUUCAACAUUUAUCAAUGAAGUCAAUGGACCAUAUAAGCUUGAUUUUUCAAUCCAAGAUUCGGUUCCAACGACAUUGAUCCCCAACGGAAUAAUCCCGAGUGAUUUGUGUUUGGAAGAUGACGAUACUUAUCAGAAGCACAAAUUCCUGUGCUACUUCGGACUUCCCGUUUCGGUUGCCGUAGUUUUGGGAUUCUAUAAUAUCGACAAAGUACCUGAUCCAAUAUUUGCUGGUUACUAUAACUUGGCGAACGAUCUUGACUUGCACAAAGAGGGGAGAAGCAUCUUUAUACGACUGGCACCACGGGAGACACUUGAGAGGGCUCUUUGGAACCACUGGAGUAAAGAGUUACCACGAUACUUUGCCCAAAGUAUCGAGAAUAAUAGGGUCCAUAAGAAUGAAUGCGAAUACGCUGCUGCUUCAUCGCCCGAACCUUCAUCUGUUUAUUCGGAUAGCCUUUUAGCAUCAGCUGAGGUACUUUCUACGGGCAUGAAAAUAUCAGAAACUUCAAUUGAACUAGAACUACUUGCCAAAGCAAAUGUUGGUCCUUUGUUAAUUAAACUACAUACUCUUUAA